AUGGGAGUCGGGAUGCGCAGGGGAUUAGCCGUUUCUGGAGAAACCGAGCACGGCGGUCGCUUCAUCGUGGAGUAUAAAUCCUACAGUGAUUUUCGUGUAAUUUUCUUUUCUUUGAAGCCUCCCUUGUAUUCUUUUCUCGGCCCAUAUAGGGAUUUGCUCUCCACGGUAAGGCAUCUCCCUCGUCGACUGAGACUCCUGCGGGCGACCGUCUUGUCAUUGUCCAGUAAUAUUCUCUUUGGUCUGAUGCCGACCAAACCUUCCCUUUCCCCUCCGCGCAGUCGGGGAUUCCGUGGGAGAGCAUUAAUGAAUAUCGGCCUGGUGCAUGCGGUUACACUCGCUAAGACCCCGUCUCCUCCAAUCACGAUAAUUGCAACCAUGCAGUCAUCAUGUCGGUUUGACAAAAAGGAAGGCCGCCGGGAAAGUGCAGUUACACCGACCUCAACACCGACCACAAAUGUCUUGACACAGACCGAACUCCCGCCGGUGUUGGUAACCUUAAUCACGGCCGAUAUGCGCUGGCUUAGGCCUGGCCGGAGGUCACCGAAAAUAUCGGUCCAGACGACGGCCACGCUGCCUUCCCUUGUAACGUUCGAGCAAUCGACCCCAAAUAUCCUGGAUAUGCUUAUCCUGAGGAGCAGUCUGCUCGCCGGCCGACCGAGGGAAAAAGCGCGCGAGGCAAGCCGGGCACCUCACUGGCCCAAGGGUGGCAACCCAUACUCCUUGCUGGCGUCCCUCGGGCGGGUUAGCGUCUAA